AACAAGGUUGAUGCAUAGGAAAUAGUCCAUCCUCCACAUAAACUUUGCCCCAACCCAACACUGAAAUUGCACUGCUAAUUUCUUUGCUUCUUCCUUUCUUCCUCAAACACUCUUCACUCAUUGUCAAAACUAAGACCAAUUUCUAAAUGAAGAAAGUAGUGGUGAAAUUGGAUUUGCACGAUGAAAAAGCAAAGCAGAAGGCCAUGAAAUCGGUUUCUAGCCUGCCAGGUAUUGAUUCGAUCUCGAUGGACAUGAAGGAGAAGAAACUGACUGUAGUGGGAGACGUAGACCCUGUGAGUGUGGUGAGCAAAUUGAGAAAAAGUUGGCACACAGAAAUUGUAACUGUUGGGCCGGCAAAAGAGGCAGAGAAGAAGAAAGAUGAAGAGAAGAAAGACGAUAACAAGAAGAAAGAUGAUGAGAAGAAGAAAGAUCCAAAUCAACAGAUUGAGGAGCUUGUCAAAAUCUACAAAGCAAACAAUCCCCACAUGCCAACAUACUAUUAUGUUCAGAGUGCUGAAGAGAACCCUAAUGCUUGUGCUAUUUCUUGACUCACACUCAUGAAAGCUUUGUGUAAAUUAUAUUUUCGGAGUAUCCAUUCAGACAUCCUAGAGGAUUACGAGGUACCAAAACAGGCUAUGGAGGUUUUCAAUGAAUAAAUCAACUGAUGUUUGUAUUGUGGGAAUAUUCAUCAUUAUUCUGAUAUCUGAUACCACUUUAGAAAAUUCUGUCAA